CUCAAAUUCUGCGCAGCCUGGGAGCGAGCAGGGAUGGUGCACCCCGUCCGGCUCUGCCUGCUGCAGGGCUCCCUCCUCCUGCUGGCCACAGCGCGGCACACCAGCGGCCCCGCCGGCGCCUGCCCGCUCCGCGGAAAGCAAAGUGAGCUAAACUCCUUCCUGUGGACCAUCAAGAGGGAUCCCCCAUCUUACUUUUUUGGCACCAUCCAUGUCCCAUACACACGUGUCUGGGAUUUCAUCCCAGAGAACUCCAAGAAGGCCUUCCAGCAGAGCCACAUUGUGUAUUUUGAGCUGGACCUCACUGACCCCUACACCAUCUCAGCUCUCACCAGCUGCCAGCUGCUUCCUCAGGGAAAGAACCUCCAGGAUGUGCUGCCCCAUGACAUCUACUGCCGGCUCAAGCGGCAUCUGGAGUAUGUCAAGCUCAUGAUGCCAUCCUGGAUGACCCCAGACCAGCGGGGCAAAGGGCUGUAUGCAGACUACCUCUUCAAUGCCAUCGCUGGCAACUGGGAGCGGAAGAGGCCAGUGUGGGUGAUGCUUAUGGUGAACUCUCUGACAGAGGCAGACAUCAAGUCACGAGGUGUGCCCGUCCUGGAUCUGUACCUGGCCCAAGAAGCAGAGCGACUGAGGAAGCAGACGGGUGCUGUGGAGAAAGUGGAGGAGCAGUGCCACCCACUCAAUGGGCUGAACUUCUCCCAGGUGGUCUUUGCUUUGAAUCAGACUCUCUUGCAGCAGGAGAGCCUCCGAGCAGGCAGUUUCCAGAUCCCCUAUACGACAGAAGACCUAAUCAAGCAUUACAACUGUGGGGACCUCAGCUCCAUCAUCUUCAACCAUGACACUUCUCAAGUCCCAAAUUUCAUUAAUGCUACACUUCUGGCUCAUGAACGCAUUACUGCCCAAGAGAUAGACAGCUACUUCCGUCAAGAGCUCAUCUACAAGCGAAAUGAGCGAAUGGGCCUGAGGGUGAAGGACCUGUUGGAAGAGUACCCAGACAGGAGUUUUUUCUUUGCAUUUGGAGCUGGUCACUUUAUGGGCAACAACACAGUGAUUGAUGUUUUGAAGAGAGAAGGAUACAAAGUAGAACACACUCCAGCUGGACAAGACAUCAACAACAGAAAAACCCCCAAAACCUUGUUAGCCUUUUCAUCAUCACCAGCACACAGCCCCUGUGUCACAUCCCAGGAGCUCCCGCUGCCACUGCACACCCGGAAGGAGGAGGAGGAAGAGCUCCUGCCUCACCUACUGCUCCCUGAUGGCAUUGAUGUGCGGGAGAGGGUAGACAAGAAAUACAAAAAGAAGAAGAAACAGCAGAAGAAGCAAAGAAUGCGACAGUUUAACGACCUCUGGGUUCGCCUUGGAGAAAGUGCUACCGACCUUCCUCCCCGGAUCCGCAUCAUUAACGGCUACAUCACAGUUGAACCCCAUCCCCGGGGCCACGGACAGUCUAGUCACACUCGCACAGAUACCGGGAGCACUCACCAGCUUUCCCGUUCUUUCUUCCUCUUGCUACUGACUUUGACUUUGAAUAUGAUCAUGCUGCAUUGAAACAUAGGGCAAGCCAAGCUUCAGGGCUUUCACCUUAGAAAGUGAAAAAGAAACCUAUGUGAAAAAAACACACACAGAAAAAAAAUAGAAGACUCUGAGUGGAACACCUAUUUUUUAGCGUGUUCUUGAACUGCCUCCUUUUCCUGAAUCUGGAUCAUUAACACUAAUAACUGAUUUGACCUGCCAAUUACAGGAGAAGAUAUUUUAAUGAAAGUGUCAUUUGUCCUUCUCUUGCAGAAGAAUGAUUUCCUGUUAUCCCAUAAUACUUUGGGAAAAUUAUAAUGUUGUUAUAACAUAGCUGCUGUUUAGCUAUAGGAGCCUAGCUAAAGUACAUUUUUUUUUCACCCUCAGUGCCUUGUAAGAAGAUUCACACACCACUAACUUGUUUAUUGGAACAGAAUGUUUUGGUCAUAUGAGCAUAGCUGACGAAGAGAGGUUGGUUAUUUUAUGUCUCUAAAUUCUUGCUUGUUAGGGCUCUGGAUUACAUCUAAUGGUUCAUGACAACACCUUCUACAAUAGAAUAAAACAGUGAAGAUCUGUGAACAGAAUGUUUCUGCUGUUUGGUGCUGUUCUGUUUGGUGCUGUUUUAAGAUCACAGAAUCACAGAAUCCCAGGGUUGGAAGGGACCUCUGGAGAUCAUCUAGUCCAACCCCUGCUAGAGCAGGUUCGCCUUCAGCGGGCUCCCAGAAAUGCACUCAAGCAGGUGUUGAAUAUCUCUGGAGAAGGAGUUUCCACAAACUCUCUGGGCAGCCUGCUCCGAUGCUUUAUCACCCUCUAAGUAAAAGUAUUCCUCAUGUUCAGGUGGAAUUUCCUGUGUUCCAGUUUGUGCCCAUCGCCCCUUGUCCUGUCAUUGAGCACUACUAAAAAGAGUCUGGCCUUUUUACACCUGCCCUUUAGAUUAAGCACCCAUAAGAUCCGCUCUCGAUCUUCUCUUUUCCAGGCGAAACAGACUGAGUUCACUCAGCCUCUCCUCAUAAGAGAAAUGCUGCAGUCCGUUAGUCAUCUUUGUAGGCCUCUGCUGGACUCUCUCCAGUAGUUCCUUGUCUUUCCUGAAUUGAGUAGCCCAGAACUGGAAACAGUACUCCAGAGGUAGCUUCACUAGGGCAGAGUGGAGGGAGAGGAUAACCUCCCUUGACCUGCUAGUCAUACUCUUCUUGAUGCACUCCAGGAUAUCAUUGGCUUUCUUGGCCAUUAGGACACAUUGCUAGCUCAUGGUUAUCUUCGUGUCCCUCAGGAUUCCCAGCUUCUUCUCUGCAGAGCUGCUUUCCAGGAAGUCAACCUCUAACCUGUGUUUGUGCAUGGGAUUAUUCUUCCCUACAUGCAGGACACUAACUUGCCUUUGUUAGACUGCAUUAGGUUCCUCUCCACCCAACUCUCCAGCCUGUCCAGGACUUGCUGAAUGGCAACAUUGCCUUCCAGUGUAACACCCACUCCUCCCAGUUUUCUGUCAUCAGCAAAUUUGCUGAGGGUACAGCUUGUCCCUGCACCCAGGUCACUGAUGAAAAUGUUGAAUAAACUGGACCCUGUACCAACUACUGGGGAAUACCACUACCUACAGACCUCCUACUAGACUCUGCACCACUGAUCACAACCCUUUGAGCUCUACCAUCCAGACAGUUCUUGAUCCACCUCAUUGUCCACUCAUCCCAUUGGAGCCCAUGGAUUUGUAGGUGUCCAUUUUACCUGAUGAUCUCAUACUUGAUCCUCCUUGACCAAGGGACAGUCUUCCUUUCUCCAGACUCUCUCUUUCCUCCAGGAUCUGGGAUUCCUGAGGGCUGGCCUUAGCAGUAAAGACUGGAGCAAUGAAGGCAUUCAGUAAUUCUGCCUUUUCUGUAUCUUCCAUCACCAACGUAAACAACUCAUUCAGCAGCAAGCCUAUGUUUUCCCUAUUCUUUCUUUUGCUGCAAAUGUAUUUGAAGAAGUCCUUCUUGUUGCCCUUGCUGCUCAUUGGCUUUUCCAUCACUUGUGUCAAAAAGUUAUCAGAAAUGCUCUGUAGCAAUAUCUUGGACUGUGUGUGCCUGGCUGUCGUUCUAGCAAAUAUCUGGAUGGUCAAAGUCACCCAUGAGAACCAGGGCCUGUGAUCAUGAGGCAACUUUCAGCUGUCUGUAGAAGGCCCCAUCAACCUCCUUUUGCCGAUCCAGUGGCCUGUAGUAAACACGCACAACAGUGUCACCCAUAUUAACCCACCCCUUAAUUCCUGCCCGUAAGCUCUCAACUUGUUCUUUAUCCACCCCUAGGCAUAGCUCAGUAUGUUACAGCUGCUCUUUCACUUGAAGAGCAGGUCCACCACCUUGCUGGCCUGUCUUUUCUAAAUAGUGCAUUCUAGUCAUGCGAGCUAUCCCACCAUGUCUCUUUAAUUGCAAUGAGAUCAUAGCCCUGUGACUGCACACAGAACUCUAUUUCUUCCUGUUUAUUCCCCUUUCUCUGUGUGUUGGUAUACAGGCAUUUCAGAGAGAUAAUUGCACCUGCAGGUUUCCCUUGGUGGUGCAAGAGGAUCCACUAUAGCCCUUAAGAUGAUUGGCUUUCUGGUUCUUGUCGUGGAAGGCAGCUAAGGAGUGUUUGUUGCUGCUGCGGUUAGCCUGGCUUACUCCAUGCUUGGAUGUGAUGGCAUGAGUACUGCCAUUUUGUACCCCACCUAGCAAGUCCUCCUGUUUAAAGCCAGGCUCGCCAACUUGGCCAGCCUGCUGCCAAAGAUUCCCUUGCCUCUUCUAGACAGGCAGAUUCCAUCCCUCCCUGGAAGGUUAAAUGGCUACACCUGCACCUCCAGUGGCCAUAAAAGUCUUGUGAGCGAAAAGUAAUGUAGAUUUAAGAAAAAAAAAAAUUGCCUGGGGAGCUUGACAAUCCUACUGUUGGAUGGUUCCAAAAUAAGUUCUCAAGAAGUGAUUUGAGAAGCCCAGAUGCAGGUUUUCCCUCUCUUUCUAAAUCAUGAAUAUAUUGUUAUUUCAUAGCUGGAUUCACUUUUGUGGACAAAGGGCUUUCUUUUAAUUUUCUGCGCAGCUAGAUUUCAUUCUAGGAAAUUCUUGCAACCUUCUACCAAUUUCAGUGGAAAUUCUCAGACUUUCCAAAUCGCUUUAAGUCCUUCACUGUCUGCUUACAAUGGACAUGUUGACUGUUGCGUGUAGGAAAUUUGGAAGUGGUGGUGUAUGGUUUUCUGCGUUUGCACAGGACAUCCUCUUGCGAUCACACUGACUCAUUUUGUCAGCAACAUAUCCCUCUCUCCUCAUUGUAGGGUUUAAUUGUCUGGGAAGGUGUCAUGAGAUUCCCCCACUGGAGGGCUUGGAGGCAAUGUGCUGAGCCUGGUACCUUGAAAGCAAUCACCUGCCCCAGUGAGACAACAAACCCUCAGAUUUCCCUUCCCAUUCAUGCAUGUGUGUAUUCUGGCUUUCUUGGCUUUACACAGCAGCCAGGUUCAUGAUGUGUUCUCCCUUGUCUCUCUUUCUCUGGCUGAUCUUUCAGAGGUUUAAACUUUCAUAGACCUGGUGGGUUGAGAGUUAUUUUCCUUGGCUUGAAUAUGACCUGAGGACAGCAGACCAGAUGGGGUAUAGUUUAGUUACAAAGAUGCACUAAAACCUGACAUACUGUUCACAUACUUGUGUAUUUAACAAUCCCUCUGAGUUGGCCACCAUAAACAUUACAUUAGAGCAUGUUCUGCCACUUGCUAGCCUAAGUAUUGUUAGUAGUUCUUCUCUCCCUGUCCUCUGUCCUUCAGAACUUGAUGAUGAGGUGCGGCUCAGGUGCAAAGGGCUCAGAACACACUGGGAGAAAGGAUUGAGGCAGAUCUUUCACUUCUUUUUUUCCAUUACAAGACAAAGGCUGCUGUGUAAAAUAACCCAAGGCUGACUUUUCCCUUUGUUCUCUCCUCCUUCGUUGCUUCUGAGCUUUGCCUUUUUGAGGAGAGGCGAGUCAAAUGGCACUGCCACCAAAGUUUUUCUUAGGUUGGCAUGAAGUAAGAGUGAUUAUAAUACACUCAGGCAUAACAGAGACCUGAUUUAGGGCUAUAGAUAAUUUGAUUCUGGUGGUGUAACUCAUUUUGUAACCUGUUUCCAAGUGACUGUGUCAGGAAAAUAGAGAUGUUCUUGAACUGUAAUGGAUUGUAUGCCUACAGAGGCUGCAUCCUAGGAGUCUUUCUGCAAUUCUUGCAAGGUAUUUUUGAGGUUCUUCCGGGAUUGGAUUGAUAACUGGUGGUUCCUACCCCUUAUUUUUAUUUCCAGACCAGUCAUUGCUGACUAGCCAUGGGACACCAAAGUCUUGAUACUGUGACUGAUACAGAGAGCUGAGCCUUACUCCAGGUGCAAGUGCUAUUAAACUGUUUACAGUGCCCACUGGGGAGUGCUAGGUUUGGGUCCAGUUGUUUCUCCGUGGUUUACCAGACUUGGAAAAGUCUGAGAAGCCAUUGAAAUGACAAAAGUCUGUUUAGGUACCACUCUUCUUGGGGUCACAGAGUGUCAGGAAAGCAAGCAUUACCGCUAUGUGCCUGGAAGGUUUCACUGUCCCUCUAUCUGUUCCUCCCAAGCAGCUGAGGUAACUUUUUUUGCCUUGCAACAGAGACUCAGUCAGGCUUGUGAUGAGUAGCAAACUUGAUUCAAAAAUCAUUGUGAAGAUGCAGGUACUUCUUUCUUCAGUGCAGGGGCUAAAAUCUCUGGUUGCCUCUUGAGCUAGGUAACUCCAUGUCCUCUAAGUUCUACAAUGAAACAUUCUUUGUUAUGUUUGUAUACCCUUAUCUUCCUUUUCCAUUUUCUUUACUUUGUACUUACUAAUUAGCUGGUGCACUUUACUGUUGCCCUUCCUGCUUAAACUGUUUUUAUAAAUAAUCUCUCCAAUGUUCUCUGUGAACAGAUCUGUUGAAAUGGCUGGGACUCUUGCCAUGGGUUCCUUGUGGUCAAGAUUCUUCUUUCUCUGUUGGGAGGCUGAUAUUUGCAAAGUUACUAGCAGAAAUUAAAAACCUAGCCACUUCAAAAUGUACUGUUUUGAUAACGUGAUUCCACAUGCCCUGGAUUAAUUUGUACUAUUGGAGAAUUCAGGUUAUAGCCAUCACUGAUGUUCAGCAGUACAUUGUGAAUUGUUCUGGCUAUUUGUUGCUUGAUGAAGCAUCACUAAUGGACUACUGUGUUGUGACGUACAUGCUUUUCAAUUAUCAUAAAACUUCACAUUUAUGUAUAUAGCUAGGAAAACAAGACAGACAAACAUCCUACUUGGGAGAAGGACUUGUUAAAAAAUUCCUGUUUCCUCAGAUUGUCAGCACUUGCACUUUAUUUCUACUUGCUGAUGAAAUGGACCAGACGUUAGACACCAUUUAUUUUGAAAUUUCCAACAGCUACGUCCUGCAAUUUCACAGCUUCUACUGUCUGCUGCUGGUUGCUUUUAAUGCAUUGAAGCUUUAUCUUUUGAUAUGAUAUUUGGUUAUCAGCUGGGAUUUUCUGUGAAGCAUUGCAGGAGGCAUGACUUCACUCGGUGUGCUAUUAUAUACAGUAAUGUCCUCUUAUCUGACACAGCUGUUGUGUGAACUGUGAAUGCUCUUUAGUGCGA